AUGGCUUCCCAAUGGCUUGGGUCGAUUCCUCCUCCUCCGGGAGUCGAGCCCAACUUCAUUAACCCUUAUGAUCAUAUGACGGAGAAUAUCGCAUUGCACUCGGUCUUGCUGACGCUGACCACGCUGGCCGUGGGUAUGCGACUGUAUACGCGCAUGCGGAUCACAAAGAGCAGACUGGGGGUGGAUGACUAUUUUUGUAUCGCUUCAUAUGUUAUGAUUAUAGCCUUUUCAGCAUUUAUGUUAAAAUGCUAUACAAAAGGAAUCGGUCGCCAUAUGUGGAAUGUGCCCAUUCAAGAUGUCACGGAGAUGUUAAAGUGGUUUUCCAUCGGUUCAUUCAUUUACUUGCUCCUCGGUGGUUGCGUCAAACUUACCUUUCUCUUCUUCUAUUACCGAAUCUUCUCGGAAUCAACCAGGAUGAGGUAUCUCAUAAUAUUUGGCAUCGUGCUGGUGGUCGGAUUCAGCGUCAGCCUGUUCUUCGGAAACGUCUUCAGCUGUAUUCCGGUGGAAAAGGCAUGGAAUCCGUUGGUCCCGGGCCACUGUCUGAACCCUGUGAUUCUGCCUUACGUUUCUGGAAUCUCGAGCUCGGUUUUGGAUCUAUAUACGCUUGUUUUGCCUGUGCCCGUCGUUGUGGGACUUAACAUGGACUUGAAGCGAAAAGUGAAAGUUGUUGCGGUCUUUGGAAUUGGUUUGCUUGCCGUCGUUGCCAGUCUUAUUCGCCUCGGCAUGACGCCGAUACUCCAUAGCAGCCCCGAUGCAUCCUGGAAUCUCUCCAAGAUGUCUGUAUGGGCUACUGUGGAGGUUAACGUAGGCCUCAUUUGUGCGUGUCUGAUGCUGUUGCCUGCCUUCCUCAACCACGUCUUCCAAGGUCCGAUUAUGGAUUCCAUGUCCCGCUUAUUCUCUAAAACUUUUGGUCGAUCAUCUGGGAGGGGGUCUCAUGAGAGCAAAUCCCCCAUGGGGAACCGGGAUACUUGGGCAGCUUAUGUUGAGCAGCGAGAUUCCGACUCUCAGUUCAAGGGCAUCCACCGUCACGAGGUCUCU